GAGACUGAUUUCUAUAAACUACCUUGCGCAGCUCAGCGGAGCGUAGGCGGUUAUCUCGCGCUGGGUAGAGAGCUGUGCUUUCUCACCGACCUGAAAAACCAACCGACGCGCCACUCCAACUGAGAUUUGUUAAAAUCCUUUAUUUUAUUAUUUUUUAGGUGACAAUGAUGUUGGAUUAUAUUAAACUAUAAAUAGCCAUGGACACAUAUAUACAUUGACCUCAUUGCUCACUUGUUUUUUUGUUGUUGUUGGUGAGUGGUAAUAUAUAUAUAUACAUGUAGUGUGUGUGUGAAUGUGAGUGUGUGCAACCUAUGUGACGGAAUCCCCGUCCAGUCUUUAAGGAGCGGAGAGAGAGAGGGGGGAGGCGCGUGGACCUGUCCUCUCACUGCGGAACCCCGCGCGCUGCCUGCCUGGAGUUCCAACCUUCUUUUGGGAUUCUAAUUCUUUUUUAAACCCAACGAUCGUUAACGAAUUUUAUAUAUAUCUUUAUUUUAUGUUAUUUUCCGUCAAACCGUCUGGUGUGGUAUAUCGGGACACACUGCCGUGAGGAAUUUACCGUUUAAACCGGGGGAAGAAAAACAGGUGGAUUAAGCGUUAUUUUUUUGGGAGGUGGUUUGAUAUCAACGGAUGUGUUUGUGGAUAUGAGACGUUGUGGCUCCCAGGGCGCUCAGAUGGAGUAGGUUACGAUGUCCUCUCCAACUCGGCUUCUGGAGCGAUGUGGCACAGAAAGGAGACCAAGUUUGAACACUUUACUUGUUGGUUUGCUGACGCCGUGAGCACCGGAGCUUCGCGUGGGGGCGGACGGCUGCGGGGCCGUGUAUCUAUCAUUAAAGAUGGUGACUGGGAGACCAAAGGGACAUGCAGCCAGACCUCAGCCACACCAACUCUACCGUCACAGCUCCGCAUGGUGACACUGAAGGGUUCCAGUAUGGGCCGUUUGGGCUGGGUCCUCCUCACCCUCCCAGCCCUGCUCUCCCAGAUCAGUGUACCAGCAGCGGCCCAGAAGCCACCUGGGAUAAGUGUGGGGGUGAUCUUGGGUCAGACGCGGCCAAUCAGUGACCAGGAUAUAAUCCCGGUGAGGCGGAACGACGACCCUGUGGAGCUGAGUGUCACCACCCUGAGAAUCAACCAGACAGACCCCAAGACUGUCAUCACACAGGUGUGUGAGCUGCUCCAGAGGAAGCCUCUCCAUGGCCUUGUCUUCGCUGAUGGGUCGGACCAGGAAGCUAUCUCUCAAAUCCUGGACUUCCUGUCCUCUCAAAUAUCACUUCCUGUCCUGGGGGUGUACGGGGGAUCCUCCAUGAUCAUGGCCGACAAGGAUGUGAAGUCUACGUUCUACCAGUUUGGAGCGUCUCUGAUGCAGGAGGCUUUACUGAUGAUGAACAUUAUGGAGGAAUAUGACUGGCACAUCUUCUCUAUAGUCACCUCUAAGUUCCCCGGGUACCAGGAGUUUAUAAAUGUCCUGCGUGUGACGGUGGACCACAGCUUUGUGCGUUGGGACCUUCAGAGUGUUGUAACGCUGGACGCUGUGGACGGAGACGCCAACUCUAAAGCUCAUAUCCAGCUGAAGAGGAUCCAGAGUCCUGUUAUACUGUUAUACUGCUCCAAGGAAGAGGCUAGGUAUAUAUUGGAAGAGGCCAGGUCUCUGGGUCUUACUGGGUCGGGCUACAUCUGGAUCGUACCAAGUCUGACCACAGGGAACCCCGACUUCACCCCAGACAUCUAUCCCCUGGGGAUGAUCUCUGUGUCCUACAACGAGAUGGAGUAUCCCCUGGAGAGCCGCCUUAGAGACGGAGUGGGCAUCAUCGCCACGGCAGCCGUCGCCAUGCUGAGGGAGAAGGGGGAGGUGCCAGAACCCCAAGGGAACUGCUACAUCCAAUCAGAGAAGGGAAAGACUCUGCCCAGCGCCCUGAGAGGGGACAUGAUGCACGUGACCUACGAGGAGCGUGACCUGUCCUUCACCGUAGACGGUUACCAAGCCAACCCCAAACUGUCCGUCAUUGUCCUUCAUCCAAAUAGGACAUGGGAGAAGAUGGGUCGUUGGGAGAAUGGGACCCUUUCUCUGAUGUUCCCGGUAUGGCCCAGGUAUAACUCGUGGGGAGACGAGGAGGCUGAUGAGAACCACCUGUCUAUUGUGACUCUGGAGGAGAAACCCUUCGUGGUCGUUGACAACGUAGACAUCCUGACUGGAACAUGCAUGAGGAACUCUGUUCCCUGUAGGAAACAUGUUAAAGAUAACUCUACAAAAGACGGAGGUUCCUAUAUAAAGCAGUGUUGCAAAGGGUUCUGUAUCGACAUCCUGAAGAAGAUCGCCCGCAACGUCAAGUUCACCUUCGACCUCUACCUGGUGACCAACGGAAAACACGGCAAGAAGAUCAACAACGUCUGGAACGGCAUGGUGGGAGAGGUGAUUGAAAAGAAGGCAGCGAUGGCAGUGGGGUCGUUGACCAUCAAUGAGGAAAGGUCAGAGGUCAUAGACUUCUCUGUCCCCUUCGUGGAGACGGGCAUCAGCGUCAUGGUCGCCCGGAGCAACGGCACCGUCUCCCCCUCCGCCUUCCUCGAGCCCUUCAGUGCGUCUGUGUGGGUGAUGAUGUUUGUGAUGCUACUCCUGGUCACGGCCAUCUCUGUCUUCCUGUUUGAGUUUGUCAGUCCACUGGGAUUCAACCGCAACUUGGCCCAGGGCAAAGACCCCCACGGUCCAUCGUUCACCGUUGGUAAGGCAGUGUGGCUGCUGUGGGGUCUAGUGUUCAACAACUCUGUUCCGGUCCAGAACCCUAAAGGCACCACCAGUAAGGUCAUCGUGUCGGUGUGGGCCUUCUUCGCUGUCAUCUUCCUGGCCUCCUACACAGCCAACCUGGCUGCAUUCAUGAUCCAGGAGGAGUUUGUAGACCAGGUCACGGGACUGUCUGACAACAAGUUCCAGAACCCGUAUGCAUACUCCCCUCCGUUCCGUUUUGGGACGGUUCCUAACGGUUCAACAGAGAGGAACAUCAGGAAGAAUUACCCUGACAUGCACGAGUACCUGGUCAAAUAUCACCAGGGAGGAGUACAGGAUGCACUGGUCAGCCUCAAAGCAGGUAAACUGGAUGCCUUCAUCUAUGACGCUGCUGUGUUGAACUACGCAGCUGGCAGAGACGAUGGCUGUAAGCUGGUCACCAUCGGCAGCGGGUACAUCUUUGCCACCACCGGCUAUGGCAUCGCUCUGCAGAAAGGGUCGCGCUGGAAACGACAGGUGGACUUGGCUAUACUGGCCAUCAUAGGAGAUGCCAAGUCCAAGAGAGGAAAACUUGCAAGUGAGAUGGAGGAGUUGGAGGCUAUCUGGCUAACGGGGAUCUGUCACAAUGAGAAGAACGAGGUGAUGUCCAGUCAGCUGGAUAUAGACAACAUGGCCGGAGUGUUUUACAUGCUGGCUACCGCCAUGGGCUUGUCUCUAAUUACCUUCAUAUCAGAACACCUCUUCUACUGGAGACUGAGAUACUGUUUCACUGGAGUCUGUAACGGACGACCUGGUCUGCUCUUCAGCAUCAGUAGGGGUAUCUGGUCUUGUGUCCACGGGGUCCAUAUCGAGUUAAAGAAAAAGCCUCCAGAGUUAGACUUCUCUCCUCAGGCCAACAUGUUACACCUUCUGAAGUCAGCGAAGAAGAUCAGCCUGUCCUCUUCUCCUAAACGCUCCCCGGCCCUGCUGCAGCCCGGUAUCAUCAACAUGAUGAAAGGUAACUCUGUCGUCAGUCUGUCUCCAAAAGGCCAGGGUGGUCUCUAUAGCAACACUUCCACUCUACAGGGCUUCCUGGGUCGGCACAAAGACCUGCUGAAUAACUCCUCCCCAGGCCCGUACCCUGGGAAACCCAAACACCACCCCCUCAGCCUCAACGAUGCUAACCCCAACAACGUAGAGGUCAAUGUUACCGCCGACAAUGGCAAACCCCACCCCCCCGGCCUGGCCGGCCCCGCUUCCAAACCCCGCGCCCUUUGGAAGAAGAGCGUGGAGACGCUGAAACAAGGACCAAUCCCGUUGUCCGGUCCCGCUGGUGGUCCCGCCCCCGGAUCUGCUGGCUCCGCCUCUGUCCCGGGCCAUGCAAUAAUGAAGAGCCAGCGUUACCUCCCAGAAGACCCGCCCCAUUCUGACAUCUCGGAGUGUUCCAGCCGGCCCCCCUCCUACAUGGAAUCAGAUCUGGGGGGGCCCAGGAUGGGGAUGGGGGGGUUCAAACCCCCAAAAGACGGGCUGAAGAAACGGCCUGUGGGGGGGAUGGGAGGAGUAGGGGGGGCAGGCGGCAGUGGGAGGAGUCACGAGAAGAUCUAUUCCAUAGACUCAGACCAGGCCAGUCUACACUCCGCCCCGCUCUACCAGAGAGACAUCCUCCAGGAACCCUCGGACCUCACACACACGCACUCCGACCUCAGACACUCUCACUCGGAGCACUCCAACACACACUCCGUGGACGCUUCCAUCCUGCAGCUGAGCGCCAGUCUGCUGCACCACAGCCACUCUGCUGACGCUGACCUUCACUCUCUGAAGGACAAGAAGUACAGCACCUACAAACACACCAGCACUGGAGCUGCCUCCUGCAGCAAAGACAAGAACAAUGGUUCCUACGAUGCCCCAGGGGGCCAGAGACAGACCCACUGCCGGUCCUGUCUAGGGAAGUUAUCAGGUUACUCUGGUCUGUACACAGUCCGCUCCCCUCAGAACCGCUGUGAUGCCUGUGUCCACCUGGGAAACCUCUACGACAUCAGUGAAGACCAGCUGCAGUACCAGACCUUUUCACAGGCACACUCCCCACAUGCACACUCCCCACAUGCACACUCCCCACAUGCACACUCCCCACACGCACACUCCCCACACGCACACUCCCCACACGCACACUCCCCACAUACACACACCCAGCACACACACACUCACUCUGGCGGGGACAUGUUCACCCACUACCUGCCUCAGAGCGAGCUGGGUCUGGUGGGCGAGGGUGAUGGGUUGGUGAGUCACUACCUCCCCCCUGCCGGACCCUCCCCUCCAGGGUCUCAGCUCACCCAGCUCAGCCGACAGCCCUCCUAUGAGAACGUCCCUGAGAAGCAGCAGAGGGGGGGCAGCAGGGAGUCAGAGCAGCGGCAGCAACAGAGGGGGGGCAGCAGGGAGUCUGAGCAGCAGCAGCAGAGGGGGGGCAGCAGGGAGUCAGAGCAGCGGCAGCAGAGUCAGUUCAGAGGGUUCAGUCUGCCAGACAGGGACAACAGCAGAGAUAACAGCAGCUUUGGUCUCCUGGAGGAUAGUCCCUAUGCUAACGUCCUCACCAUGCACUCUGACCGCCCCUACUCCUCCUCUAUAACCCCCUCCUCCCCCCUCAACCACUCUCUGGAUCCCGUCCUGCCCUACCCCUUGCCCCUCCCCCGCCGCUCCAAGUCCCUGUACCCCGACCAGCCCUCCCAUAACCCCUUCCUGCAGGGCGGAGGGGGGACGGGGCAGCGAGGAGGGAACAGCCUGGCCGCAGCACAGCGCCUGGCACAUGGCGGCUCCGCUACCGACCUCUACAAACAACUAGUCCCCCUGGCGAUGACGCUCGGCAACCACCACGGGCAUCCCCAUGGUAACCACCAGGAGUUCUUCUACCCCGUGGCCUCAGAGACGGCCAUGAUGUCGUACGUGAUGGCUCCGCCCACCGUGGCGGCCCAGCAGCCAAUCGGCUACGUGACGGCUCCACGGGCCUCCAGCGCCGGUGGAAACAGGCCACGCCUCUACCGACGCAUGCCCAGCAUCGAGUCCGACGUCUGAAACACACACACACACACACGGGAGAGAGAUUGUGUGUGCUGGUGUUAGGGACAAUUCUGACUUAACAAACACACACACACACACACACACACACACACACACACACACACACACACACAGCUGAACAGAACAGUCCUAGUCCUGAGUGUUUUCUAUGAAGAGUUAAACCUCCUUCAUAAACCACUAAUACUAUACAACCUAUAAACAGGUGGUCUACUACUGACUCUACAGGAGAGGAGAGGAGAGGAGAGGAAAUGAGGGGAGAGGAGAGGAGAGGAGAGGAAAUGAGGGGAGAGGAGAGGAGAGGAGAGGAAAUGAGGGGAGAGGAGAGGAGAGGAGAGGUUGUACAGGAAAAGAGGUGAACCAUACGGAGAGACUGAUGGACUGAUAGACUGCUCUGUGUACCCUGGGACUGGGUAGGAUGUUCAUCUGGAAGUCUGGAGUGAUGACCUCUGACUUCUGAUCCCUCCUCUCCUCUGACACAGCCCUGGCUGGGCUCUAAACCCACUCUUUGGUUCUGACACAGCCCUGGCUGGGCUCUAAACCCACUCUUUGGUUCUGACACAGCCCUGGCUGGGCUCUAAACCCACUCUUUGGUUCUGACACAGCCCUGGCUGGGCUCUAAACCCACUCUUUGGUUCUGACACAGCCCUGGCUGGGCUCUAAACCCACUCUUUGGUUCUGACACAGCCCUGGCUGGGCUCUAAACCCACUCUUUGGUUCUUCUGAUCCCUCCUCUCCUCUGACACAGCCCUGGCUGGGCUCUAAACCCACUCUUUGGUUCUUCUGAGAGAGAGAUCCCCCCCCCCCCCCUCUCUCUCUACCAGGGAUAACCCCCAGCUCCCCCCUCUUUCUACCAGGGAUAACCCCCAGCUCCCCCCUCUCUCUACCAGGGAUAACACCCAGCUCCCCCCUCUCUCUUCCAGGGAUAACCCCCAGCUCUCCCCUCUCUCUACCAGGGAUAACCCCCAGCUCCCCCCCCUCUCUCUCUACCAGGGAUAACCCCCAGCUCCCCCUCUCUCUUCCAGGGAUAAACCCCACCUAACACAUAUUGCACUAGGACUGAUGGCUCUCUAGUCGCCACACUAGCAGUUAGCUAGCCAGAGGGCUGAGAUUAGAUAGAAUCACCAAUCAGGGUUUCCUUCUAUAGCCCAUACAGCUGGAACGAACAGAACACACAGCCAGACAAUGGUAUCACCAUGGAGACACAACUCUGAUGUCAAUCCAACAUUCGGCUCAGAACAUGGACUGGUGAUGCGAUGUGUGUUCUAAUCAUUCUAGUUCUAUGGCGUUAGCACCCUAACCCCUAACCCUUGACCUUGCAUGCUUCCUAAGGCUCUUCUACAGAGUAACAGACACACACAGACACCGUGAUGUUGUUGUACAGGUCUGUAUUGAGACUGACGCUAUGAGGUGGUGUCUUCUAGCUAUUCUUCACUUUGUAGGAUAUUUUAUACUCUGCUACCCUGACACAUGACCAAAAAUUAUUUUCUACAACUGAACACGGUUACGUAAUACACACACACACAUCACACACACACACAUCACACACACACUGGCUCCAGGGGAUGGCAGUACAGAGUGUGUGUGUGUUGUAACUGAGAAACUGUAUUGAUUUUUAAACACUGGGAUUAAGAGGGAGGAGAGAUGCUGUCUUUACCCCAUUAGAUCAGCUAGUCAUCCCGACACACACACUACACACACACACUACACACACACUACAGUCGUGGCCAAAAGUUUUGAGAAUGACACAAAUAUUAAUUUCCACAUAGUUUGCUGCUUCAGUGUCUUUAGAUAUUUUUGUCCGAUGUCACUAUGGAAUACUGAAGUAUAAUUACAAGCAUUUCAUAAGUGUCAAAGGCUUUUAUUGACAAUCACAUGAAGUUGAUGCAGAGAGUCAAUAUUUGCAAUUUUGACCCUUCUUUUUCAAGACCUCUGCAAUCCGCCCUGGAAUGCUGUCAAUUAACUUCUGGGCCACAUCCUGACUGAUGGCAGACCAUUCUUGCACAAUCAAUGCUUGGAGUUUGUCAGAAUUUGUGGAUUUUUGUUUGUCCACCCGCCUGUUGAGGAUUGACCACAAGUUCUCAAUGGGAUUAAGGUCUGGGGAGUUUCCUGGCCAUGGACCCAAAAUAUCGAUGUUUUGUUCCCCGAGCCACUUAGUUAUCACUUUUGCCUUAUGGCAAGGUGCUCCAUCAUGCUGGAAAAGGCAUUGUUCGUCACCAAACUGUUCCUGGAUGGUUGGGAGAAGUUGCUCUCGGAGGAUGUGUUGGUACCAUUCUUUAUUCAUGGCUGUGUUCUUAGGCAAAAUUGUGAGUGAGCCCACUCCCUUGGCUGAGAAGCAACCCCACACAUGAAUGGUCUCAGGAUGCUUUACUGUUGGCAUGACACAGGACUGAUGGUAGCGCUCACCUUGUCUUCUCGGGACAAGCUUUUUUCCGGAUGCCCCAAACAAUCGGAAAGGGGAUUCAUCAGAGAAAAUGACUUUACCCAAGUCCUCAGCAGUCCAAUCCCUGUACCUUUUGCAGAAUAUCAGUCUGUCCCUGAUGUUUUUCCUGGAGAGAAGUGGCUUCUUUGCUGCCCUUCUUGACACCAGGCCAUCCUCCAAAGUCUUUGCCUCACUGUGCGUGCAAAUGCACUCACACCUGCCUGCUGCCAUUCCUGAGCAAGCUCUGAACUGGCGGUGUCCCGAUCCCGCAGCUGAAUCAACUUUAGGAGACGGUCCUGGCGCUUGCUGGACUUUCAUGUGUGCCCUGAAGCCUUCUUCACAACAAUUGAACCGCUCUCCUUGAAGUUCUUGAUGAUCCAAUAAAUGUUUUUUUAAGUGCAAUCUUACUGGCAGCAAUAUCCUUGCCUGUGAAGCCCUUUUUGUGCAAAGAAAUUAUGAUGGCAUGUGUUUCCUUGCAGGUAACCAUGGUUGACAGAGGAAGAACAAUGAUUCCAAGCACCACCCUCCUUUUGAAGCUUCCAGUCUGUUCAAACUCAAUCAGCAUGACAGAGUGAUCUCCAGCCUUGUCCUUGUCAACACUCACACCUUUGUUAAUGAGAGAAUCACUGACAUGAUGUCAGCUGGUCCUUUUGUGGCAGGGCUGAAAUGAGGUGGAAAUGUUUUUGGGGGGAUUAAGUUAAUUUGCAUGGGAAAGAGGUUAUUUGCAAUUAAUCUGAUCACUCUUCAUAACAUUCUGGACUAUAUGCAAAUUGCCAUCAUACAAACUGAGGCAGCAAACUUCGUGAAAAUUAAUAUUUGUCUCAUUCUCUAAACCUUUGGCCACACGUGUACACACACACACACUACACGUGUACACACACACACACAGCACACCACACACUACAUCAUUGCCUGUAAAGUGUGUAAAACAGUUUGAAAGCCAAACUGGACCUUUUUAACUGCGCUGGUGAAAUAGCCCUGUCUUCUUUUAAACAGAUUUGGUGUGAUGAUGAUGAUGGUGAUGAUGAUGAUGAUGCUCUUAUGCACAAUAUCAGGUUGCAAUAUCAUAUAAUAAUUCUGUACAGAGAAAUGAAUUAAUGAUUCUGAUUUUAAAUGUUUGAUUUCUUUCCUGGUUAAUUAGUUUGAUUUGUGUUAUUGACAGUAAUGAUUAUAGAUGUACGACUCCGUGGGUUUUAACCCUUCUGUCUCUAAAGGCAUGUAAUGUUGUGUCUCUGCAGCCGUUGAUUGAUUACUUGAUUGGUUGAUUGAUCAGUUUGUUAGUCAGCUGAUAGGUUGGUCUGCAACAACAACACUGUAUAUAAAAUACACAAAGUGACAAUAAAUAAUGUCAUAUUUUUACUUUA